UAAGGUUCCAUUCAAUCAGGGAAAGGGUUGUUAAACCGUUCUGAAGGUUUUGUGCUUGUGUUCAGUUUGAAAAGAUGUCGGCUAAAAGAGGUUUCGGUAAUACAGAGUACUUAAAAAAGAAAGUUCCACAGAACCCAAAAUACCAGCAUGUAAAAACAAGGCUUGAUACAGGCAACAGCUUGAGCAAAUACAUGGAAAAGGUGGAAGAGAUCAAAAAAAAUUACAGAUAUAAGAAAGAUGAGCUGUUCAAAAGACUUAAAGUGACAACAUUUGCUCAGUUGGUCAUCCAGGUAGCUUCAGUAUCAGAUUUGAAUGAUGGUGAAAAUAAUGAGGAGUUAUGUAGGCUAGAUGACAACAAUUCAGUGCUGUCUGGCACAGGUGCAGAACUGCUUUCAGAAAGAACCAAUGGAAAGGGAGACCCUGAGGGGAUACUGCAGACUACACCAGUGCAGUUUAUUGAUAACAGAAAUGAUUUGGGAGAAACUGAACUUUCACCAAGGUCAACACUUCAAAGUGUAAUAAGUGGCGUUGGAGAGAUGGAUCUAGAUAAGGCUUCACAGAAGAAUGUAAACGGUACACCUGCUUCAAGCCCAAGGAUCACAAACAAACCAUACACUGACUGCCCAUACUUGCUGCUAGAUGUUAGGGACAGAGAUGAGUAUGAACAAUGCCGUAUUAUUGGAGCAUACAAUUACCCCAUUGCAACACUGUCCCGGACGAUGAACCCAUACACAAAGGAAGUGCUGGAAUAUAAAAAUGCUUCUGGCAAGAUAAUUAUUCUUUAUGAUGAAGACGAGAGAGUUGCCAGCCAGGCCGCCACCACGAUGUGUGAAAGAGGAUUUGAGAAUCUGUUCAUGCUUUCAGGAGGGUUAAAAGUGAUAGCUCAGAAGUUCCCAGAAGGUUUGACAACUGGUUCAUUCCCAUCAUCGUGCCCACAAUCAGUUCCACCAACAUCUGGUCGCAAACGCUCUACUCCCAGACCACCAUCAUACCCUGCUGAAAAUAAGUGGCAAUUUACUUCUGAAGAUCUGAACAAAAUACAGUUUUACUUGGAAGAUAUGCUAAUUCCUACAAAUACCAACAGUCGUUUGAGUCGUCUUUCAGUGGGAAGUGCACAGUCAAAGGCAUCUAGUGCAAGAAGCAGCUACACUCCAUCUGCUGCCUGCUCAGACAGCGCCCGGACUCAAAGCAGCACUAGACAUUGGAAAUGACAAAUGUUUUGACUAGAAUAAAUGUUACUGUGUCAGAUGUCACCAGAAUGUUAUUUCAGCAUCAGAUGUAUUCUUUAAAUAUAGUCGGAUACCUACAGUAUAUGUUAAGAUCCACACUUUUUAAAAUUAGAACUUAUUUUAAUCCGAAUAUAAAUACAUCACAUUAUGGUAACAUACGUAAACGGUGCCAGGUGACUGUAGGUGUGUGCCGUGCAGUAUCUUGCAAGUUGUACAUUUUAUAUGAUCAAUACAUUUGCUGCUAUGUAUGCUGAAGUGGCCCACUUCACUCUCUAGAUCACUUGGCACAAUCAAUGGUGAUAUAUUAUUAAAUUAAGGAAUGUGCAUAACUAGUGUCAUUUUUAGAGGAAAAACAAAAUGACUGACCCAGAAGAAGCAAAACUUUAUUUUUGCAAAACAAAUACUGUACCUGAGCUACUGUAACUACAAAAAAUUAUUGUAGGGAAAAAACUUUGUUUCUAGAAAGGCAUAUGCAAACUUUAGAGAACCAAAACAAACCAUUUGAUGUCUUUGAUCACUGUUUCAUGAGAUUUAGCAGCAAUUAAUUGAUAACUGCUCUAAUAAGUGCAAGUAUUUUUGUGUGAUAUUGGUGUUCCCUGAGUACUGUAUCUGGAAUCCUAGUUAACUAAUGGUGGAAAAAAAGUGAUAUGGUACAUACUACCUUCAGAUUUAAUAGACAUUUGUGGUUUGUAUAUCCACAGUAUUAAAACAUGUUUGAAAGGUAGGAAUAUAAAUGAUAUUUUUAUAUGUAUGUUGGCCAAGAUUACAUUUAAAUAAUUUCUUCGCAAACGGGACUGAUACUGGUGUUUGUAGCAGUGGGAGGGAGUUCCUGUGAAGACUGGGGGCAGGCUUUCAAAACUCCUGGAAGCUCAUUGUUCAGCUUCAUAUUCUGAAUAAUAAACUAUCAUGAAUGCAUACAAUCUGAUAGGAAUUAAAUAACAGUAGUUAGAAAAAUCACUUCACAAUAUUUAAAAUGACUGUCUAUUUGAAGAGCUAAUGGAACAAAAGUCAAUCAUUUUUUUUAACAGACUAAAGACAGUGUACAUUGUGUCGAUUUUAGUACUCUCACAACCAGUAUUUUUACUUAUUUGAAACUGCCUUCUGGUAAUAACAUCUUAUUAUAAAUGUUACUAAAUGCAGCACCAAUCUUCAUUUGCAGUUUAACUUCAUUAGAAUUAAGCUUCUAUUUUAAAUGCUUGUCUAAAAUAAAAAACUUGGAUCACUUGCCUUUUAAUUUAGUUUUUUUAGUUAUGAAAUUGUCUUAACUUUUUCAUGGCUAUUCUGAAACAUUACACCUAAAUACAUUGAUGUUGUUUCCCAGUAUGUUUAAUGUUGCUGGUACAUAUUCUGGUUUAUUGGGUGGGAAAUGUUUCUAUUGUUUAAAGUAUUAUGUAAUAUAAUAAACAUGUAGCGGUA